AUGAAGCUCAUCUUCCUUCUAUCCCUUAUCCCUAUCGCUCUCUCACUUCCCCAGCCCCAGCCAUCCUCCGAACAUCCUAUCAAUCCUCCACCACACGCUCAAAACUUCAUCAAGAAACGAGCAUCCGGUGCUGGAGAUACGGGAAUUCAAGGGACUAGCGUAGCGAGUGAGAAAGAUACAUCAACACUCACCUCUUUAAUCAUGUUCCAACCUUCCUCCGAGCCCACCACGACUGUGACCGGUACAACCCCCACCGUUUCUUCUGCUGUUGCUUCAGCUUCAUCUUCCGACGAAGACGGUCAGAUCGUCUCACCAUUUUAUCCUUCCACCAACGAUGAUGAAAAAGAAAGCGAUGAUUCCAUACAAACCCUCAGUCAAGGUCAAAGUGCAGCUUUCAACCCUACUCCAUCCACUACACUUUCGCUCCUCACCAACAGUCUCGCUACCGCUAGUGCCACUGCGAAUGGUACCAAGUCGUCGACGACUGGAUCGGCUAGUGCGGCUGUCGUAGCUGCUGCGUCCGAUACCGGAUCCUCUACCUCUGGGUCGAAAGGAAGGAUUGACGGGUGGGGAGUGGAUAAGGUUCUGAUCAUGGGAGUCUUGAGUGUGAUGGUCGUUUGUUUCGUGUAA